UGAUGAAGGAUAUUCAAGGGUGGAGGUUUCCGCUGGUCAGACUGCAUUAAAUCAGAGCUUGGAUCUAAAGGAAGUUGAGGCUGAAGUUCUUGAAUUUGUGAAAUCAAAUAUGAUAAGUUGUCAGAAGAUCCUCAACCCAAUGGGUGUGUCUGAGGAAGUCAAAGAAAAGGAGGAGUUGGUUGAUGAUGAACUAAUUCUGUCAGAAGCUGCAGCCAAAGAAGGGUUUCUGAAGAUUGUCCUCCAUGUUUUGAAAACCAUGAAACUGGAUGCCCAUGUUUUCAUCUUUGAGAAAAGCUAUUAUGGAGAACUUAUUAUGUACCAGCGGAAACUUAAAUACUUUUUGAGACUGAGAUAUGAGCACAUGGAUGAAGGGAUAUCCAAUCAAGGAAAUGCCACUGAUUUCAAAAAAAUAUACACAGAACUCUACGUAGUUGAUAGUGAUACUCGAGAGAUCAACAGUGAACAUGAAGUGAGACAAAUCGAGACAGCUAUCAACCGACCAAAGUCUGUAGAAAUAGCAAUCAAGUGUGAGAAUAUCUUCAAGCCCUUACCCAAACAAGACACACCAAUCAGAACAGUGCUCACUGAGGGGAUAGCCGGCAUCGGUAAAACUAUGUUGGCACAGAAAUUCAUGCUGGACUGGUCAGAAGGGAAAACCAAUCAAGACAUCCAGCUCCUGUUUUCACUUCCUUUUAGGGAGCUGAAUUUGCUUAGAAAUCAAAGAAUAAGUUUGAUGGAGCUCUUGUGUGAGUUCUCUGCAGACUUGAAAAAAUCUGGAAUCAAAGACCUGAAGAUGUACAAAGUUCUGUUUGUAUUGGAUGGUCUGGAUGAAUGCAGGCUCUAUCUGGACUUUGAGGGAAGUGAGAGAUGUUGUGAGGUUACACAGUCAGCCUCAGUGGAUGUGCUGCUGACAAGCCUCAUUGCAGGUAACCUGCUACCAGAAGCUAAUCUGUGGAUAACCACCCGACCUGCUGCAGCCAGCUGCAUCCCUCCACAGUAUGUUGACCGAGUAACUGAGAUACGAGGCUUCAGUGACCUACAAAAGGAGCAGUACUUUUGCAAGAAAAUUAAUGAUGAAAACUUGGCCAAAACAGUAGUCACUCACAUAAAAUCAACAAGAAGUCUCUACAUCAUGUGCCACGUACCACUGUUUUGCUGGAUUUCCUCUGUUGUUCUGGGAAAUAUUUGCACCAGCACAGGAGGAGGGAAAAUGCCAAAGACUUUGACUCAGAUGUACAUCCACUUUGUGGCCCAUCAGACCACACAGAUGUGUGUCAAGUACUGCAAAGAGCAACAACUGGACUCCCAUGGGAAUAGCAAGGUGAUAAUGUCACUGGGGAAGCUGGCCUUCCAGCAGCUGGAGAAAGGCAACCUGAUCUUCUAUGAGGAGGAUCUCAAAGAGUGUGGUAUUGAUGUCAAAGAAGCAUCUGUCUACUCAGGAGUGUGCACUCAAGUCUUCAGGGAAGAGUCCUGCAUGCAGUAUAAAGUCUUCUGUUUUGUGCAUCUCUCUGUCCAGGAGUUUCUUGCAGCUUUGUACGUACAUGUUAUGUUCAAAGGCAGUGGUGUAAACCUGAUGAUCAACGAACCUGAACAGAUGGCCAGAACCAAAAGCAGGCCUAUGUUCGAAUUGCACAAAGCUGCAGUGGACAGAGCCUUACAAAGCGACAAUGGCCACCUCGACCUGAACGGAAGAUAGGUGGAAACCUGCGACUCCCAGAGUCAUGACGAAUCCAUCGACUACAUUAAAGAUCAAAUCAGGCAGACUCCUCAUCCUGACAGGUGUAUAAAUCUCUUCCACUGCCUGAAUGAGUUAAAUGACCACUCUCUAGUGAAGGAGAUCCAGAGCUACUUGGAUUCAGACCGAGACUCUGCAAUGGACCAGUGCUCUGCAGCUCAGUGGGCAGCUCUGGUUUUUGUGUUGCUGACCUCACAAACACAGCUUGAGCUGUUCGAACUCAAGAAAUACUCCAGGAAAGAAGAAGGUCUUCUGAGGCUCCUCCCAGUCCUCAAAGCGUCCAGAUCAGCAAUGCUGAAUGAUUGUCAACUCACUGCAGACUGCUGUGAAGCAUUGUCCUCCACUCUCAAUUCGACAUCUUCAGAACUCCGUGAUUUAAACUUAAGUGACAACAGUUUACAAGAUUGUGGAAUCAAGAUUCUCUGCAAUGGACUCCAGAGUCCACACUGCAGGCUGAAGACACUAACGCUGAACAGAUGCAGUCUCACACAGAGAUGCUGUGAGAACCUGGCUUCAGUUCUGAGCUGUCACUCAUCACAUCUUCAACAGCUGGACCUGAGUGACAACGACAUUGAAGACAAAGGAGUGCAGCUGCUAUGCACCGGACUUGGAAAUGUGUGCUGUAAAUUGGAAACCCUCAGGUUGUCCUUCUGUUGCAUUACGAAGAAAGGUUGUGCUUUCUUGGCCUUGGCAGUGAAGUCCAACCCAACCCACCUCAGAGAGCUGGACCUGAGCUACAAUCACCUUGGAGAGUCUGGAGUGAAGAUCAUCUGUGAUGCUCUGGAUGAAGGACAAUGUGAAUUAACUAAACUGAGUGUGGACCACAAUGCUGAAUGCUGGUUAAAAACUGGACUGACAGAAUACACAUGUGAGCUUACAAUGGAUCCAAACACAGCUCACAGACUCCUCAUCCUCUCUGAUGACAACCGAAAAGUUAGUCAAGGCAUAACUGAGCAACAAUAUCCUGAUCACCCUGACAGGUUUGACUACUGGACUCAAGUCCUGGCCCAGCAGGGCCUGACCAGCCGCUGUUACUGGGAGGUGGAGUGGGGAGGAAAACUGGGAGGGCUCGGAGUGGCCUACAAGGGUAUUGGCCGCAAGGGUGUGGGAAACAACUGUGUGAUGGGAUACAAUAGGAUGUCUUGGAGUCUGCACUGCUCUGCUCAUGGCUAUGCUGCAUAUUACAAUAUCAAGAGCAUUGCUAUUCCAGUUCCUUCAUCAGGUAGCCACAGGGUGGCAGUGUAUCUGGACUGGGAGGCCGGCAUCCUGUCCUUCUACAGAGUUUCUUCUGGAAGGUCACUGACACACCUGUACACCUUCUACACCAGAUUCACUGAGCCUCUUUACCCAGGGUUCAGAGUCUGGGACUAUGGCUCCUCAGUCACAAUGUGUCAGCUGAAGUAGACUGGUGUAUCUUUAACCACUUCAGUACACAUUUUGAGCAAUAACUUAUGUAGAAUGUUUUCUUUUAAAGGAGGAUUUACUCAUCCUUUAAUCGCUUUACACUGUUGUGGUGCUUUCUGGGAAAUGUAGUUUACUUGGCUUCAUAUUGCUGAGAUCUGUAGAUGUUUAUCUUUUUUUUCUCCAAAAGGUAAAUUUGCAGUGGUUAAAACAUGAUCAUUAGAAAAGAGAAAACACACCUUCACUCUGCUGCUGUUUCUAUAAUAAAAUCCUUUUUUUACGUUGCACUGUGCACGUGACUGAUGUGGAGGACCAAACUUUGGUGCAAAUGUUGUAUUUAAUAUGUUUUUCCAACAUGAAAUAAAAGAUGAUUUUAGGUAAUGGAAAUACAACGGAGUUCAGGUGUUCCUUUCCUCCUCCAGGUUUUUAUUUCUCACACUGAGCCUGUAGUGAUGUCAGUAAAAAGCUUUAAGAAUUAACCACGAUGACAGCGGAGAUAUUAACAACCCAAGUCUUAUUCAUGUAGCGUUUCCAUCAGUUCUGUUGACUCCGCUAACGUUUCUGCUCUGUGAUCUGGAGACACAGUGAUGUGAAGACAGAGUCCAGUACCACGUACUGUACGGUGUGAGGGGUCAGUGGACCACUCAGCGAGUCCCCUGUACAGAUGAUUUCAAGGUGUUUACUACAGAAGCAUUCGAUUCAACACUGUUGAAUAAGAUCAGU